CCGGCGGUGCCCGUGGGCGCCCGGCGCCGGGGCUGCCCCGCUCCGCUACCGAUCGCGGUUCCGCUCCCGACGCCCGCGCUCGCCUCCCGCCGCGCCCUCGGAGCGGAGCGGGGCGGGCGAGGGGCGCGGCCAUCGCAGUCCCUCCCGCAGCUCUGCGCGGCAGCCGAGGCCGGAGCCGGAGCCGGGGCGGCUGCGUCCCCCGGCAGGAUGUCGGGGUCGCGCUGCCAAACGCUGUACCCGUUCUCCGGGGAGCGGCACCGGCAGGGCCUGCGCUUCGCGGCGGGGGAGCUGAUCACGGUGCUGCAGGUGCCGGACGGCGGCUGGUGGGAAGGGCAGAAGGAGGACGGGCUGCGCGGCUGGUUCCCGGCCAGCUACGUGCAGCUCCUGGAGCAGAAACCCAGAAAGACAACUCCUCAGACCGAAGAUACCUUGAAUGGCCAUCUUCCUCCCGGCUGGCAGAGCUAUAUGUCACCCCAGGGACGAAGGUACUAUGUGAACACCUUCACGAAUGAAACGACCUGGGAGCGGCCAAGCAGCGUGCCUGGGACUCCAAAGAGCCCUGUGUCACAGAAGAGUUCUGCAGUGAAUGGCUAUUACAUCUCUGGGAGCCCGGUACACCAGCUCGACUCUGGUCAUAUGAGCCUCCGAAAAGCCAGUGGGGAUCCACAGACCCCGGGGUCCCCGGCGGCGCCGCGGCGGCAGAGCAAGGAGAGCAGCCUAACGAUAAACUGUGUGACUUUCCCCCACCCUGACAUAAUGCCAGAGCAGCAGUUGCUGAAACCUUCAGAGUGGAGCUACUGUGAUUAUUUCUGGGCUGAUAAGAAGGAUUCACAAGGGAACAAUACAGUGUCAGGAUUUGAGAUUCUUCUUCAAAAGCAACUUAAAGGGAAACAAAUGCAGAAAGAAAUGGCAGAGUUUGUUCGAGAAAGGAUAAAGAUUGAGGAGGAAUAUGCGAAGAACCUGUCCAAGCUGUCUCAGAAUUCCUUGGCUGCUCAGGAAGAAGGCACACUAGGAGAGGCUUGGGCUCAGCUAAAGAAGAGUCUAGCUGAUGAAGCAGAGGUUCAUCUCAAAUUCUCUUCUAAGCUUCAGAGUGAGGUAGAGAAGCCACUGCUCAACUUCAGAGAGAAUUUUAAGAAAGACAUGAAGAAGUGUGACCACCACAUUGCAGACUUACGGAAGCAGCUGGCCAGCCGCUACGCAGCAGUUGAAAAGGCCCGGAAAGCCUUGACAGAGAGACAGAAGGAUCUGGAAAUGAAAACACAGCAGCUAGAGGUGAAGCUCAGCAACAAGACAGAAGAGGAAAUUAAGAAGGCAAGGCGGAAGUCCACUCAAGCGGGGGAUGACUUAAUGCGCUGCGUGGAUCUUUACAAUCAAGCCCAGUCCAAGUGGUUUGAGGAAAUGGUGACCACCACUCUGGAGCUUGAGAGACUAGAAGUUGAAAGGGUGGAGAUGAUUCGGCAGCAUCUUUGCCAGUACACACAGCUGCGGCAUGAGACAGACAUGUUCAACCAAAGUACAGUAGAGCUCGUGGAUCAGUUGCUUCGGAAAGUGGAUCCUGCCAAAGACAGGGAACUGUGGGUAAAAGAACACAAAACUGGAGAUAUCCGACCUGUGGACAUGGAAAUAUAGACUGAUCUUUAGUUGUAUGUCAUGAGUCCACUGAAUUAACCCGGCUAAUGUUUGCUUUUUAAGGGUCAGAAGAGCAUAGGGAAAAGGUUGUUCCACUACCAGACACCUUGUAAUUUAUGCCUGUACAGGCCAUCUCUGUUACAUUUAGUCAUUAAAAUCGUCCUCAUUGUGCUAAGCCUUAAGCACCAGACAUUCCAGGAUGAAGAAACCAGAUGUGUGCUUCCCACCAGAGGUUCCCAAUUGCACGCAGCUUCCAGAAGAAAUCUGCUUUCUGGUACAAGGAGAGCUCUGUUCUUCAGUGACUUUGUGCUACAUCCCUUGCAUGACUAUCUUUAUACAGUAUGUUAGAACAACCAUGCAGUGAGCCUCUGGCCAGCAAGUGGCUAACUGAACAUGAUGCAGGAGGCAAGGAAGUCCUGAUCAUGAAUCCCAGGUCUGUCACUGACUGCUUUCAUGGCUAUAAGCAAGUCAAUUAACUUUUCUGGUUCCCCCAUCUAUGAAACACAUAUCUUGCAGCAAUGUUGUGCAAAUACAUUUAUUUCAUAUAACACAGUUUCCCACUAAGGCCCUUCUCCCAAUAUCUAUGGAGAACACUCCUGUUGUUCCUGGUUUACGCUCCCUCUCAGGGAUACAUAAACCCAUUAUCAUCAUGAUUUCUGUUCCUGGCCAGUCAAUAAGGUUGAAAGUGUUACCAUCACUGUUAUUUAUCAGGAAAGACUUGGUUGUGCUAUACCUACCUCAUUAGCUGUCUGAGUGCCCUCAAUGACAGAAAGAGGUUAUAUACCAAGGAAUAAAUGAGAUGUUCAAAACCUUUCCUGCUUAUGCAAGAUGUUUUCUCACAGAAUCUUCUCAAAGACAUCUCUAACAUUUAGGAUCCAGGUUUAAAUUGCUGUUUGUUGGUUCCUUCAGGUGAAUAUCGCAGGCUUUAGGUAUCUUUAAUUGCCAAGUUUGUCCAGCUAAAUUGUGGGGUUUAUCUUUUUAGAGCCUGAUUUUCAAAGGUGCCAUGUAUCUGUGAUGGUAGAUUGCAUUAAAUGGAGAUGUAGGUCCCCAGCACUUCUAACCAGCUGAUUCUUAACCUUAGGCUUUUCCUGUGUUACCUUUAGCACAAACUACCAAAAAUGUAACACUGCUCUUGGCAUAUAAUAUUCUGUAGUUUGGAGACAGGUUUUGAAAAGGUUUUUGAAUAUUCAUUUUCUUCUCCUGCUGUCAUUUCUGAUUGACUAUUCAGUGUUGCUAGUAAUAUAGUUUUCAGCAUUUCAUACAAUGCGAAGAUUCUUGCUUUAGAUCCAGCAGAAACCUUGAUUCUUACCACUGUGGCCUUUACUGUGUUGUUAUCUACAAUUUCCCAAACAGUACUAUUCCAUUUGAUCCACUUCACCUUAUUGUUUCCAUCAUUUUCUCCCCAGCACCAAAAUUGCAUCCUUUUGUUCUACUACUGUUCUAGGUUUUUAUUCACCAGCCUCUGAAUGCUGUGAUUAGAUCAUUGGGAAUUAAUAUUCCCCUUUACAAAUUCAAGCUGAGACACAGAGAAGUCUUACCUGAAACACAUAUUUAAUAUUGCUGCAGUGAUUAUUUUCCUAGUUUCUUAUUUCAAUCUGAAUUCUGUUGCAUUUUCCUACUGUUCCCUUUUUCUCAACCAUCUCUUUAUUAGUAUGGAUUCAUUCUAGUCUUGAAAAUGCUUCUACAACCCACAUCUCUGUUGCAUCAUUAGCCUUUAUAAACCUUUGCACAUUGGCAAGUGCAGUGCCGUGACCACUGCAUGCUCAGGAUCACUGUUCCUGGUGUGACACCUCCAGACACACUUCUGAAUUUGUGACUACUGUUUUAUUCUCAGUGUUGGAAGCAUCCAGCACAGUUAUGUGAGAAUCCUAAGUUCCUGCCAAGACCAUUGCAGUACAAAUGAAACAUGGUUUGUGUUUCACACAGUCCCUGAACUCAGUAGAGUACAUACUCUUCCCCAGAUUCCUCUUGUGCUGCUCAAGCAGGGAUGUUUUGUGAUGAUCUGUCUUUUGCGGUCUUCCUCUCGAUUAACUCUGUCUUAUUCACUUUUUGUCAUACCAGUGAUACUUUUCCUAUGUCUACCAUGCACUUUGGAGGACAGGCACUUUUGCUUUUAUUAAACCACAGGGGCAGGGUGAGCUUUCAAAACUUCGAUGGCCAAAAAUAACUGGAGUACUUUAGAGCUGCAUCUCAGGUGGACCCCUGUGUUUUAAGCUGUAUUGUAAAUCAAAAUAAGCAAUCUUGAUGCCACCUCACCACAAUCUUGUUUUGAUUGCAAAACCAAGCUAGCUGUGCACUUUAUACAGGAUUCUCCUUAAAAAUACCUGAAAUAAUCUGUUAUCAAUUACACUUUAUUUUCCCUCUUUAAAGAUGUUUGUUAUUUUAUCUAUUUUGGACUGGAAAUACUGUCCAUUAGCACAGAUUUCUCUGAGGACCAAACUGUAUUUUGGUUCCUUUACUAAGUCAUAUUUAAGCUGCUUUCAUUUCUCAGUUGUGUUUUCUGGUAGCUGGUUUUUUCCCUUUUGUUUUAUUUCUCCUACUUCUUGGUUUUGGUCCAUUGGAAAUGUUGCAGGCAUGCGUGAGCUGCUCAGAAUGAUCAUUCUUUUGAUGGAGAUAGAUUGUUUCCCUUUUUUACUUCGAUAACCUGAGGAGAGCACUUGUACCUGGCUGUUAAUCUUUACCAGGCCCAGCGAACUCUCAGGCAGUGCCGCUCUGCAGUGAGUAAGAUGCUUCCUCUAAAACAAGACGUUCAUCUGUAAUAGGUGGAAGUGUUAGGGAAGUUUUGCUGUUGCUUAUAGACAGUUUGCAGCUUAUUUCCUGAAAAAGUUGAUAUUCUUUUGUGAUAUGACACUGCAGACUGUAGGAUCAGUGUUACCUGGCUCAUUCACUUCUCUGGCUGACGGAUCCUGGACAGUGGCAUGCCUUACAAGUCAGGGAAUGCUGGAGCCCCUGUGCUUCUGAAUGGACAGCAUCUUCAAAGAAGGUGGUGGCAUGUUUGAGGACAUGGACACAUGCCCUCAUAUUCGUUCCUUACAAGGUAACUUUGGGAGUCACAGCAUUGCUCAGUUCAUCUUCCAUUAAGUUGCAAAGGUGCAGUUGAACUCUCAUGCAAUUGCUCAUCCUAAACAGCUUCUUCUCUGGAGCAAGAUGCAGCUUUGUGUUAUGUUAACAAAGCUAGCAUGUGGGAAGCAUGAUGAUGUUGCAAUGUAACUGAUAAAUGGGAAUAGCAAAGUAAGCCUCUUGCCUUCAUAGGUACUGAGCUUAAGCAUCACCCCAUUUUGCCUGGCUGGUGGGCUCACACACUUGAUACAAGAUUUUUACUAUUUUAGUCACUACGUAUAUGAGUCUUUUUCUGUUGAGUAACAAGGCUGUUUUACAUCUUCAGAUGGCCUGUGAUCACAGAGCAGAAGGUGAGCUUUUGAUUGAUGUUGUUGCCUUUCACCUGAAGAGGUUCAGUCAGUGGGAAUUGCCCAUGGUUCAUUCUUAUCUGGGAGCUCUACUUGCCCAGGCCUUUGUUGAAGCCACCUGCAUACUGUGGCUCUUGCUCUUUGUCUAACCAGUGCUGUCACAUACUUGUGCUGUCAAGCCUCUGGCUACCUGGUGAUCUUUAUUUCAGCAAGAGCCUUUUGGCCCUUGUGUGAGCAAAAAGGCUUCGUGAAUUCCUAUGGCUUUGAAUCCACUGGGUGUGCUGACUCUGGUGCCAGAGCUGGUGAGGUGUUUACCAGCUGUACCUUCAGCCGUGCAGAAUGUGAAUUUUAUUCAUCAUCCACACCAGCUCACCUGUGUCUUCAAAGACAUCUUCUGGCACAGUUUAGUAGAAGUUUUUCUCUAAUGUAUUCUUUCAGCUUAUUUUCUAACAAACAGAACUCACUCUGGAUCUAGUGCUGUUGGCUGAUUUCUGUUGGAGUUGCUGAGCUGAAGGCAAGGAGUCCUUUACCAUGUGAGACAAAUGCACUUUCCUCCCAUCACUGGCAAGAUUCCAGUUGCUUUUACAGAACAACAUCCAAAAAGGCUUUCCAGCAGAUUUUCAAUCUGCUCCAGAUUCACUCACAUUUUUUCGUUACUUCUAUGUGCUGAACAUCUUUUGAAAGACUUCAGUUGUUCCCUUAAGGGAAUGUUAUUUUAUUAUUUGACACUAGGAUCUUUAGAGAUAACUUCAUUUAUUUUUCUUUCUUAAAUAUCGUAACAGCAGUGCAAGUCAUAAAGAAAUCCCUGUUAUGUUUCUAGAAUACUUUUCCCCUUCUUGCAGCCCUGCCUGAGCUGCUGUGGGGUAACUCUGCUCUGCCUCUUGUUGCACAGUUACAGUAAACAUUGAAAUCGUGCUUCUUUUUGUGCGUAACAGGCAGCAUGCAAACUUGUGCUCUGGUUCUCUUUAGCCUUUAUGCAUCUGUGCAGUUCGAUGUUGAAGAAUUAGAUGCUUUUUGUUUAACUGACAGCCUCAUGCUAUAAUGUCAGUCUGUGUAGUUGCCUUGUGACAGUGAACUGCGCUCAGAUCACCCCUUUUUCCUUGAGAGGAAUUUUCUGUAAAGCGUUCACAGGGAACUUUUACAUGUUCAGUAGCACUAAGAAUUUCUCAGAACCUCUUUAAAUUUGUCCCUGUUUUAAUGUCAUUGUUGAAAUAUUUGCUGCGAGUUAGACUCUUUGUGUAGAAAUGUACACUCUUUCCACCUGCUCUUUGGAAGUGCUCGGCACUCCGAGAUUUCUUGGAACACAACAGGGAUGUAGAUGAUAAAAGACUUUUUGAAAAUCAGGCUAACAAAUAGACAUGCACAAGGCUUGUUUGGUUGGGGUUUUUUUCCCCUUAGUCAUUGAGUACAUGUAUAAGGUAAACAUUAAGAAAUGAGAACCUCAUAUACUUAAUGUAUAAGACCUAGCUGCUAUACAUGCAGUUCCCAGGAGUUCCAUGGGUGACCCUGUGUCAGGCUGUGGUAGGAGCACAGCUCUAGAGCAUGGUCCUGCAGCUUACCUUCUGAUGCAGCUGUGAAAACCCAAAUCAAAAAUUCAGUUAAAAAGUAGCUUUGCUCAUCUAUUUCUUCAGUCACACACAGGGAGAAAAAGAACACUGCUCACCUAGGUGGGUCCUUCACUAUCAAGCACCUUAAGGAAUCCAGACCAGCACCUUGAAGGUCCCCCUGGAAGGAGUAACGUGACUUCUUGGUGUGAUCAAUUGUUUCCUUCUGAAUUGCAAACAUAUUUGCUCUUUCAUAGUAGCUAGUGUGCUCUUUUGCACUACUGCAGCCUGCUGGGUCUUUUGCCACAGAUGGCACAGUCUGGUGUCCUGGAGGCAGUCCUGGUCACCCUUAACCUUUCCGCAUUGUGAGAACUAGAGCUUCAAAAGACAGUGUCAAAAAGGCAGUUUUGAAAUGAGCUUUCUUGAUCACCUUUCUGGAAAGUCUAGGCUUUUUGCUACCCAGCAUGUGUUGAAAUAGGAGAAUGAGAUCCCAGAGGUUGCUGAAGCAUUGCUGUGGAUGGUUCUUCCUGUGUAGGCAUCCCUCCUGUACUCGUACAGUGGUAGGGAAUGGCUGCUGGGCAUCCUUCUUUGCACAGCAGAGCUGUCUGACAUUCUACCAGAGAAGCCUACUGGUUACAUUUAACUUAAGCAGGUGGGAAUAGAGACA